CGCAGAUCACCUUUUGUACCGAGACGAACCUCUCAUCAGCUCGCUUAAGGGUCCAGCUAUUUAUAUGAAAUGCCCACCCACCAGCCUUAUGAGCUGACAUCGCACCCUAUGACGUCCUUAUAAUUGGAUGGCAGCUCUCGAAGAUCUCCCGUGGAUGUCCAUGGCACCCGCAUCGCAGCCGCAGGAUGGCCUGGCCGACUCCUCGCAACCUCCGACGAUCGCAGCCUUCUCUCCUUCCACGAUCGCAGGCUCGGCCUUGUCCUCGCGGCAGCGUUCCAGUGUGAUCGUACAUCGCAAAUCACCCCUGCUGGUGGCAACCCCGCCGGCCAUCACCAGGGCCCUCGCAUAUUCCCAUCCAUUCCUUCUCCCUUUGAAUAAGUUGGUUGGUCUUCUCACAUGGACAACGGGGGACCCCUGGCAGAGCUUCUUGCUCGUGGCCACCUUUUGGACGGUGGUCCUCUAUAGCGAGGCGAUCAUUCUCUGGGCUGGUCCGAUACUCGUCGUGGUUGGGUUGAUCCUUGGCAUGUAUGGCCGUCGCUAUUCGCCUUUGUCGUCGACUACAUCAACUGGUGAAAAGCAUCGGCGCAAUCAUUCGGCAGACGUUACUCGUCACCAAAAGAGCUUAGAUGAUAUCGUGGAGACGUUGCGCAAUUUUACAACCCGGUGCAAUAUUUUGCUUGAACCUUUGCUCGAUUUGACCGAUUUCCUAUCAACCCAGCGAACGCCUACGUCGGCGACCACUCGUCCGGCCUUAACGGUGCUCUUCAUUCGCAUCCUUUUGAUUACCCCCGUUUGGAUCAUCCUGACCCUCCCUCCCUUCUACAUAAUCACUACCCGGCGCGUUGUUAUGUUCGUCGGAACUAUUAUCCUCACCUACCACUCGAGGCCAGCCCGCGUUUCGCGUGUCAUUCUAUGGCGCUCGCGAGCUGUGCGCCGACUCGUCUCGAUUAUAACAGGCCUGUCAGUCGCAGACGGCCCUAAUUCUAGCCAGAAACCCGCGGUUCAAGACACGGGGUUGAAUAUCUCAACUCGGCGACAGGGAAGUGCAGACGGUGUGAGAUUCACAUUCGUUGUGUACGAAAACCAGCGCCGAUGGCUCGGUAUUGGCUGGACCUACUCGCUGUUUCCAGCCGAGCGUGACCCCUGGACAGAUGAGCAUCUCAACCCCGUUCCGCCCAAGGACAAGUUUGAGCUGCCUGAUGUGCAGACUGGAGAUGCUAAAUGGCGCUGGGUUGAGGGCAGCGAGUGGCGGGUUGAAGGGGGCGAUAAAUCGGGUAAUGGGAAAUCAGAUCCCAAGGCCUCGAGUGAGGGAUGGAUCUACUAUGACAACAAGUGGAACGAUGGCCGCCGUGGACAAGAUGGAUGGGACCGGUACACACGCCGGCGCAAGUGGUAUCGUGAUGCCGAGCUGGUAGACCUCCAGCAGGAUGGCCCUUCGGAAGCCGUCUCCAGUCUCACCCAAGCACUAGAGCGAGAAAAAGAGCGAGAAAAAGACAAAAAAGAGUCCGAUCUCGAGACAAACAGUCUCUCUCCUCACACACCCCUGAAAACCCGUCGUCGACGCUGGUUCGGCAGCAAAGACGGUAGCAAAGAGGGAAGCUCAGAGGGGAGUAAAGAGGGGAGCAAAGACCGCACCAGCAGCGUUAGCUCCUCCAUCGACGCCGGCCGAACAACCGGCGCCAGUUUUACAGAAGCUACUGGUGCUGCGACUGCAAGUGGUCGAGGCACGCCCGCACGACCUAUCAGUAUCCAGCAUUCUCGCAAGCCAUCACAGUACAGUGUUCGGGAAGGAAGUAUGGCAACGAGUGAUAGUGCUAGUACACGCGAGAAGGAUAUAGCUAAUUCACACGAUCGGCACGAUAAAUGGAGUACUCGGGCUGCGGGGGGAACGGAACGCGCAGAGAGGGAAAUGGGAUUAAGUGAUGAAGUGCAAAUGGCUUUGAGUUGACAAUGACCGCUAUUGGCGAAUUUUGCUGUUACGCUCAUACCCCCUCCUUUUUUCAAGUGUAUUGUUCGAACUCCUAUCUUCGAUUAUAUUUUGGGAUUGAGUCCCUUCUUUUGUCUUCGUUGAAUAGGGCCAUUCGAUGAUUUCAAAUACCCUCGGACGUCUCUCAUUGCGUUUGUAUCAGGUAUAACACAACAAAUCUACAAGUACAAUUCAUCUAUGUCAUAAAACAGGGAGGGGGUAUAGGAGUGUUAUGCAAGAGUCAACUCCCAUUGUAGCUCCUCAAGAAUGUCCAUCCAAUGGGGUUUCAGUGACGAAUCCUGAGAAGCAGCAUCUCGUCUCGCCCAGAGAAUACGAAGGACAUCCCUAGCACGUAACGUAUUCCCAAUGCCGAAAUUCUCCUGCAAUUUACCGAGGGACUCGAGCACAAGGUCCCGAUGCUCGAAAACGUCACUCUCAGCACCGGCAAUGAACAACGGAAAGGUCAGUGCCGAGUACUCGCAGUUAUCGUCUAACGGGAAAGAUUGGAUGCGGGCGAGGAGGCGAUCAAUGGCGAUUUGUUUGGGUGUGGAGAUUAGAGAUAACCAUUCGCUUAUGGGGUAUGGUGUUUGAGGCGUGGCGUUGUAUGUAGGUGAAGUAUCCCGACUCAUGUGUUCGAGAACAGAGUGUAGAUAGACGAAACCAGCAUCGCGGAAACAUUCAGCGACGAGCUUGAGGCGGACGAGGGUAGAUUGUGUGAGGUCUUGGGGGAUGUUUAGGCGCGUUGAUGAAGG